GUCCAUUUGGUGAAUCAAUGAUAAUAGCUAAUGAACUUGUCGAAUUGGAUAAGAAACUGGCAGAAUGGUUACCAGGAACAGGAAAAUGGAGAGUAUGUUGGCGAGGCACUGAACAUGGUUGGGCAGCUCGGACAUUUCACGAGAAAUGCGACGAGAAAAAACCAAGUUUAGUGAUCGUUAAAGUUGUGACGGGUGGUAAAAGUUUGAUCUUUGGUGGCUAUUGUACCGAAACAUGGGCUGGAA